AUGACGAAGGCUUCAAAAGAUCAGAGGAGCCUAAAGAAGACUGCCAUACCGAAAAGCUAACCAUCACCAACUCACGCCUCCGCAGAGUCUCUCUAUGUCUUUCUCUCUGUUUCUGUCUUACCUUAACAGUGCAUCCCUCCUUCAUUCACUUGUGCAUACCGACAUGUGUGUACCUCCCAGCUCAUAGUUCAACUGUCCUGCGGGCCUUGAGUUUAGAUCUGAGAGUUUUUAGAUGCUAUGACUGUCCUGUAACUGCUGCAGUCUUGGUGGUCAAGGGUCCUUCAGCCAUUUGCAACUGCCACCCACCGCAUGGCUGACCAUACAUCUUACGAGCCGUCUGAGUCUCUCUCCUUUGCCCCCAUGUUCCGAUCUGAGACAGAAGGUCAAAGGUCAAGCCACAACCUUUACAGGCAAGGUUCAAUGAGUGGGCUGAGCCAGUUUGAAGUCUCCAACCACCUCCCAUGUGAAACCUGUGAUGGCACCGGGAGCACUAUGAAUGGAAUAGAUCCAUCAGGGAACACUGCUUACUGGGGGAAUACAUCCCCAGUCUCCUCUGUGGGACUGAACAGAAACAAGGCACAGCUUGGCAUGUACGAGAACAACUGGAGUUCUCACUGCCACCAGCAGGAGGCAACAGAGAGUUAUGAAACAACAGAGCAUCAGAAACUGGAUUCAUUCUCCGAGGCUUUUUGCAGUCAAAGCACCUCGCAAAUGCUGGGUGGAGAAGAUCAGAUUGGGUUCAGCACUCCUCCAAACAAUUCUACUCCUCCUUCACAUGCUCUCUCCUUCCCUCUGGUACUUAGCCCGCCUCCAACGCCUCUCCCUCCUUCCUCCUUUUCUCCUCCCAAACGACAUCAACACUUCCUUUCUGCGCAGAUCCUAAGCCAAUCGCAGAUGCAAACACCGACAGAUGGGUCACUGCAGUUCUUUCCCUCUCUACCCUCACCUUCCACUGGCAGGUUCAAUUACCCCAGUUGGCUCCAGCUGCCAGCAGAAGACAACGAGAGUGGGAACAUAACCCAGCACCUCCCACAAGAGUUUAGCCCUUCCCUAGUUCAUUCAGAACAAGCAGGGCCCCAUAUGAGACAAAUAAGCUCUCCACCGAAAGACUGUUCACUGCAGAUGUCCCUCAGCUCUGCACUGGCUCAGCAUCAUCAUUCACAGUCCUGUGUACAGCUCCAGCUGGGCCAUGAGCCCGGGACAUCUGAAGAUCAGAUGACAUGGCCUCAGUUGGGACAGUUAUCCCAUUCAUUUGGACCUUCUCUGCACCAGUCUAGCCUCCAUGGGCAGGAGUCAGGACCAGGAGAAGGGUCAAGAUUCACUUGCGGGCUUAACUUCAGUGCUGAGUCCUCAGACAAACCUCUGGGAUCUUACAGUACACAGAAUGUUCCAUUUGUCGUGUACACUGGAGUCCCUUACAACAGUGUAAUCCAGUUGGGUAGGGAGCUCAUGGAGAACUGGGAAGGAACAAUGUCUCACUUUACGCCACUCCCAAUGCUGAAUCCCACCCGCAGUGGCACAGGACUCUUCUGCAACCUGCGGUCUCCUCUAACUGUGGAAAACAGAGCACAGUUGACUGAAGAGAGGAAAGAUGAUUACUCACACAGGUGCAUAAAUAUAGGCCCAGAGUUCCAGGCUGAGCUGCCAGAUCUGAUUGAAAGAGAGCAUAGGGUGUGGCCAGAAGAAUCAGUCAGGGAGGAGAUGUUAUGGAAACCUUGGGUGGACUUAGAAGAGAACGACACCAUUUUAGAACAAGUGGAGAAUCUUCUAGACCUCAGUGCUUCCAGUGUUCUACCAGGAGGUGGUGCCAAUUUGGAGCUUGCUCUUCAUAGCCUCUCACGUUGCCAGGGAAAUAUUCUGGCAGCACUGGAGAUGCUGUUGUUUUCAAACUCUGUUCCAUCAGAAGACUACCACUAUUCUGGCACUGAUAUGUGGACUCUGAGUGAACAAAGACUGUUCCAUAAAGCUUUUACAAUCUAUGGAAAAGAUUUCUUCUUCAUUCACAAAAUGGUGAGGACAAAGCAGGUGUUACAGUGUGUAGAAUACUACUACAACUCCAAGAGGCUUUCAAUGAAACAAAGGAAGAAGAGUGAGAGAGAAAAAGUUUCUCCAUCCCCAAAGAUGUUGGUUAACCAAGCUAAUAUUGAGAGACAGAUUCACACCCAACCACUUCCCACAAGCUUUCCCUGUAAACAGUGUGGCAAGAUGUUUUACAAGAUCAAAAGCAGAAACGCCCACAUGAAGAUCCAUCGGCAACAGCAAGAGGACUGGAAGGAUAAACUGCACAUACACUCAAACCAGCACCACAACCUCAAUAUAACCAGAGCACUGGUCCACGCAAACCAGCAAAUCCAAACCCAGACCCACCAUCAGAACCACAUCCUGACCCAAAGUCUGAUUCAGAAUCUGGUCCAGUCACAGACCCAGUUGGCCUUUCUUCAAAGCAGAAAGACUCCAAGCACAUGCUCAAGCAGUAGUACCAGUUGCAUGGCUCCCACCCAAAAUCCACAGAUUGUGUCCAAAGCACCCCCCUUACAACUCUACACUGGACAUCACCAGACAUGGGGCUCCCAACAUAGUGUAGAGACAGGUGGCCUGUUCUAUAACUGAAGCUGAUAACUGAAGAUCAUGUACAGAGUAAACAUCACCGAAUGACCAAUAAUGGAUCGCUGAAGUCAAACUUAACUUGUAUAGCAUUUGUUUGAAGUCUCUAAACCCUUGUGUGACCUUCGGGACAUUUGUCUCUCAUUUUUUCAAUCAUUUUGGCUGUUUUAAUGCCAAUGGCAUAAAUUUUGCCAAAGGUGUGUAUUUUAGGGGGAAUUGAUAUUUCAACCUCAGUUUCUAAAUUACAUCUAUAAUACACUGUACACAAAAGUCACACUCCAGACCUUCAGGACAUAAAUGUCCCCAUUGAAACCCAUUAAAACUGCAAUAUUUGAUCCCAGUGUCAUUUAAGCAUAAAUUCAUGAAUUCUAUUAUGCUUUCAUUCUGGAGCCCCGGCUUCAAAAUGUAAAUUAACAUUUUCCACCAGAUGGUGCCUUUUCUCAUGUUUAGCCUAUGGAGCAAAAACAUGCUUUUCCUAUUUUCUGUUUGCUGUAUUAGUGCACUGCAGGCCAAUUGAUUAAAUGAUGCAGCUAAAAUUGUGUGGGUGUGUUGUAUGGAUGUCAGUAUGUGUUUUGUAUGUGUACUGAGAAGUGUGUGUAAAACAGUGGCAUUAUGUAAACAAACUGGCAUUUAAAGGGUUAAAGUCCUGAAAACAAAAAUGAAUUUUCAGUAGUUAUGAUCAGGACUGAUGUUGGUAAAAAAAAAAAAAAAAAAAAAACGGUUUUGACACAGACAUUUGUCCUCCCGAGUGAGUUUUUUUAUUAUUAUUAUUAUUAUUAAAAUCCAA